UUUGACAUGUCAGAGUAUUUUUUUAAUAUGGAAAAAAUUGAAUAGUGCGCAGUCAUUAGAUUCUUUGUUUUGAAACGUUGAAAAGCAAAGAAAAUUUAUAAGCAAUAGCUAGAAAGAUAUAUUGCAAAAGCCACCAUCUCAGAUGAUCGAAGCUGUUUGGAAAGUUAGUGCCGCUCACUACGGACGUUUACAAUGGAGAAAGCUGCAUCGUCAAAAAUCACAAUGACAAAGGACUACGACUACUUAUUAAAGGUGCUUUUAGUAGGAGAUAGCGAUGUCGGUAAACACGAAAUACUGUCAUGUCUUGAAGAUGCAUCUUCGGAAAGUCCAUUCUGUAGCGGCAAUGCAUAUAAAACCACAACAAUACUUCUGGAAGGCAAACGUGUUAAGUUACAAAUUUGGGAUACGUCCGGCCAAGGACGAUUCUGCACAAUUAUAAGGUCAUACUCGAGAGGAGCACAAGGAAUAAUUUUAGUUUAUGACAUUACAAAUAAAUGGAGUUUUGAUGGAAUUGAUAGGUGGCUAAAAGAAGUUGAAGAGCAUGCUCCUGGUAUUCCAAAGAUAUUGGUAGGAAAUCGAUUACAUCUUGCCUUUAAAAGACAAGUUCUAUCCAAGCAUGCAGAGCUCUACGCAUCUCGUAAUCACAUGUCUUGCUUUGAAAUAUCUCCUCUCUGUGAUUUUAACAUCAGAGAAUCUUUUUGCGAGCUCGCUCGAAUGGCACUACACAGAAAUGGAAUGGAACGUAUUUGGCGCAAUAAUAAAGUUUUGUCUUUGCAAGAACUGUGUUGCCGAACAAUUGUUAGAUGUACAACCGUGUACGCUAUUGAUUCUUUAAGCCUACCAACAUCUGUGAAGUCAACACUGAAAUCAUAUGCUUUAACCACAUCUCAGAGCAUUCAUAACAUCAGUCAUGGUUCAAGAUUUAAAUAUCAAUGUAAAUAUCCAUUGAAUAACAACCGAAAUAGUUGUACUAUUUCAUGAUUAGAUUUGUAUGUUAAUAUUAUUAAAAAUGUGUUACUUUCAGCAUUAUAUUAUAAGUUUGUAUUGUAAUUUGAAAAAAAAAAAUCGUUUUUUGUUAUUAUUUUAUUUUGUA